ACGGCGCGGCUGGCUGACGGGCGGCCGGAGGGGGCGGGGGGACAGACCGACAGACAGGGAGACGUCCAUAGGCUUCUCCAUCCUCCAGGGCAGGCGGCGGCGGCUGCUGCUGCUGGGCCGCGCGGAGCCUUCCCGAAGUCGUCGUCGGCCGGCGCCUGGCAGGCGGCAUCCCACAACGCGGAUAUGGCUCGUGGACAGCAGAAGAUUCAGUCACAGCAGAAAAAUGCCAAAAAGCAAGCUGGACAGAAAAAGAAACAAGGCCAUGACCAGAAGGCAGCAGCUAAGGCUGCUUUAAUAUAUACCUGCACUGUUUGUAGGACACAGAUGCCAGAUCCCAAGACCUUCAAACAGCACUUUGAGAGCAAGCAUCCGAAGACUCCUCUCCCUCCAGAACUGGCAGAUGUUCAGGGGUAAAGUUCACAGGUGAAUUCAUGGAACCUAUUGACUCUUCUACUGGCAGACAUUGCAUAACAAACCUGCAGCUGCUUUUCUAACAAACUGUUGAUCAGAAAAAUGAAGGGGCUAUAGAAACAUUCAUAUUUUUAUGCUGUUCCUCUUGGGCUUCAUGUAAAGACAAAUCUAUGUAACUGUACAGUUGUGCCCUACUUGGAAAUCUGAAAAUUGGUUCAUUCUUAAAUUUUUUACAGUUGUAAUUAUAUUGAUGUUCAUAUUGUGUAAAAUAACUCAUUUAAUAAAAUAGUACUUUGAUUUUACAAUAUCACAGGUCAAAUGCUUGUAGAAGGUCUGUUUCAGUAUCUGUUUUACCUGCCUUAUAUUAAAAAAAAACACUUAAAGUGAACUUCUCCCCCUGCCAAAAACCAAGCAGUAUCGUUUAUUCUAAAACCCAAGUUUCGUUACUGUUAGCAGAGUUCAGAUUAAAUAGAAAACUCUUUCUCCUUUCAGUAUACUCUUUACUUUGAGCCUGGUUUAUUUUCCAAAACAGUUAAUGUCUUUGACUGAAGAAGUGUGUUGUUAAUUUGGAGUGCCUGUUCUACUGACGAUGAUGAAAUUGGAGUCUUGGAUAUAAAGGCAUUUGUACCUAUGCACUGGAGACAUUUAGGCAAAGGACUGGCCAAACAGUGUAUUUUAGGACUGGUGAAGAUAUCGUAGUAGAACUUGACAUUGUUUUUACGUUAUCUGACUGGUUACACUUGCUAUAGCAAGUUAAAAUAAUUAGUUUCUGUUGUGAAGUUCCAUUGUGUAGCUUCUUAAAUGCACGUUAUGAGAAUGUAAAUCCCUCUUUGAAAGCAAAUGUUGAUUUGAAAAAACAGAAUGGCACAUGAGACAGAAAUAGUAGAGCUAAUUACGCUUUGACUAGUUGGGACUGCUUAAAGGUGGCAGGUAGAUACUAAAUUCAUGUGGGAAUCUGGAAGCAGUGGUUUCUGUUUGUGGACUACUCAGAAUAUGUUUUGAAAUAGAUUCUAAUCUCAGGUGCAGGAUAAACUCUGUCCCAGUUCCUUUUUACUCAAAGAACUGUUGAUCCACUUUAAGACUGAGACUUCUUUAGGAGCCUUCUUUUAUAUCUCUUGGUUGGCCAUUGAAGGAAAUGCUGCUCAAAUUUCUCUUGCUUUGUGCCUGGAUCAUUCAUCUUCUGAAUAAUAGUUCCCUUUAAAUAAAGUAACUCAUCACUUAGGAGCAUGCACACGAGUUGCACAUCUGGUACAUAAAGGUAAAAGCAGUUCAGAUAUUAGUUUACCCUUCUGCUAAACCAUUUCAGCUAAGCUGCCUUUAUUGUAGUCACUCUCUGGGAUGAGCCUUGCCAAUUAUUAAGCUGUCUUGCACUUGUACACCUGACAAUAGAAUAUAGCUCUUGGUUCAUUUUGUUUUCUCACCUGAUAUCAACCCAAUCCUAGCAUGACUAGUCCUAGUAGGCAAGAGGUCUGCCUUCCAAAACACUGGAGUACUUAAAUGUUGAGACUGAAGGGUUUUUAAAAAAUAAAAUGUAGUUAAAUGAGACAUUUGUUCACUAAGUUAACUUUAAUAGUCUUGUUUUGGAGGGAAUUUCAAGAGGCUGCUUUCAAAGAAGUUCAUUCCUAAAACCAAUACCUGUAAUGUCGUUCAGAAUACUUAGCAGCAAAUAAGGGGUUCUCUUAUGAAAUUACUUGGGAACAAUAAACCAUAAAUUGCCUACUAGAUGUAGGGCAAGUAACCCACUUAUAUGCAAACUUGGCAUUUUUCUAAACUGUUGACAUCAGUAGCUUGUUUCUGUGCAUUGAGCAAGUUAGAUCUUGGUUUUAUACACUAUUGCAGCUGUUACAAAUGGAUAAUGUAACUUCGUUUCUAACCAAUUAAAAGCCAACAGAGGACCUUGACGUUCCAACACAUGGGGGGGGGAGUGGGGCUGAGGUGGUAGAAACCAUGAAAAAUCUUAUGUGUUGAUUUUAAGGGACGGGGAUAAGGGAUAGGUGUGGAAACCUUUUCCAAAUCUUGUGGAUGGUACCCUGUUAAUUCUGGAUAAAAAGACACAAUUGUGCAUUGUAAUGUGUCUGAUUAAAAUCUUUUUAAAAGCAAAA